AUGGUCGCCCAGGCGGAUGGCAAGACCUCGCCAUUCCUGUCCCUUGCCGCGGGAGGCAUAGCUGGCGGCGUGGAAGCGGCCUGUACCUACCCGUUCGAAUUCUCAAAGACGCGAGUACAACUCUAUGGGCAUCAGAAGGGAACGCGGAAUCCUUUUGCAAUCGUACUCCGUGUAGCGCGUGAGGAGGGUGUGCGAGCGCUGUACAAGGGAUGCAGUACCAUGAUCGUGGGAUCCAUCGGCAAGGACGCCGUGCGGUUCGUGGCUUUCGACAGCAUCCGAACCGCCUUCGAAGACAAAAAGACGCAUACGCUCAGUCCGGCCCGAAGCAUAGCGGCGGGUAUGGUGGCGGGCGUCGUCGGAAGCACGGUUAUUGUGACGCCGAGCGAACGCAUCAAAACGGCACUCAUUGACGACGCCAAAACCUCGCAUAGGUUCAAGGGAGCCAUCCACUGCAUCAGGACUCUUACGCGUGAGCAAGGCAUUCUCAAGGCACUAUGGCGUGGAUACGUCACGACAACACUGAAGCAGAUCGGCACAACAGGCUUCCGUCUUGGAAGCUACAGCAUCAUCAAGGACUUCGAGAGGAGCAAGGGGAUCAGCGUCGAGGGGCCUGUCAUGACCUUCGCCAACGGCGCUAUAGCUGGCACGGUUUCGACGUUGGCAACCCAGCCGUUCGAUACCAUCAAAACGAAGGCUCAGCAGGCGAAAGCUGUUGGGACGAUGGAGUCAUUCCGAGCGAUUAUGACCGAAGACGGGGUUAGAGGACUCUGGAGAGGUACAGUCAUGCGACUGGGCAGGACUGUAUUGGCUGGUGGCAUUCUGUUCACCGCCAAUGAGCAAGCCAUGAAGGGAUUGAAGCUUCUUACGGGCCGCUGA